GGACAAUCUUCUCUUCUCGCCGUCGCACUCCUUUCAAUUCUUUCUCACCCUCUUGAACUCUUCACCCAUAAGUCAAGAUGGCUCCCAACAACCUUCCCCCAAUCUUCAACGCCACCAACCAGGAUGUCGAGAUGCUUCUGGCAGCUCAGUGCCAUCUCGGAUCCAAGAACCUGCAGGUGCACAUGGAGCCCUACCUAUGGAAGACUCGCCCUGACGGUAUCAAUGUGAUCAACAUCGGAAAGACAUGGGAGAAGAUUGUUCUCGCAGCCCGCAUCAUCGCCGCCAUCGACAACCCAGCCGACAUCAACGUCAUCUCCGCGCGCCCCUACGGCCAGCGCGCCGUGCUGAAGUUCGCCGCCCACACCGGUGCCGUCGCCAUCGCUGGUCGCUUCACCCCCGGUAACUUCACCAACUACAUCACCCGGUCGUUCAAGGAGCCGCGCCUGAUCAUCGUGACCGACCCGCGCACCGACGCGCAGGCCAUCAAGGAGGCCUCGUACGUCAACAUCCCCGUCAUUGCCCUCUGCGACACCGACUCCCCGACCGAGUACGUCGACGUCGCCAUCCCGACCAACAACAAGGGUCGCCACGCUAUCGGUCUGAUCUGGUGGAUGCUCGCCCGUGAGGUGCUCCGUCUGCGCGGCACCCUUGCCAGCCGCGAGGCCGAGUGGGACGUCAUGACCGAUCUGUACUUCUACCGCGACCCCGAGGCCGAGGAGAACAAGGACUCUGCCGGUGUGGACGAGUCCAAGGUGCCCGGCGCUGACGAGGUCGGUGCUGGUCCUGUCGAGGGUGGAUUCCCCAGUGAGUGGGAGGUCCAGGGUGGAAGCACCGCUGCGUUUGCUGCUGCCUCUGCGACUGCUGGUGCUGGUGCUGGAUGGGACGCUGACGGCGCUGGCGACUGGGCCGCAGCCUCUGGUGCCGCCGCCGCCGAAACUGGCAACGAGGGCUGGGCCGCCGCGCCUGCUGCGGGCACCGGCGACGCUGCCGUCAACUGGUAGACACGCCAAGAUAUCCAUCCAAGGACUAUAAAAACGCUGUACGCCUAAUCGGCGCAUAAGGAGGAGAAAUCCCUUUCCCCCCUUAAAAAAAAUAAAAGAGAGAACUUCCUGAUCAUGUAUGUACGGACAGUGUGUUUUUUUUUUGUUAUUAUUGUGUUGUGGGAUAUGGCCGCGCAGCACUUAUGAGGGAAAGAUAUCCGGGUAACUGCUGUUUAAACAUGUGUUUCACAGGCAUCUCCCGGGGGAAAGCCCUGUGUUUGUAGGCUUGGGAUG